AUGGUCUCCGACACGCUGAAUGCCGCUGUCUAUGUCAUAGAGGAGUACUGCUCCAUGAGCCCUAAAGACUGCUUUAUCAAUGUCACCAUGAAGGAGGGGCGGACGGCCUCCGGGCAGAGCCUCUCGGCUUGCCUUGCCAGCUUGGCACAUGCGCAGCCCUUCGCCUUCGGCUUGACCGAUGAGAAGGCACGCUUGUUGGGCAAAGCUCGAAGACCGAUGCUGCCGUCCAGACAUACAUGCCGUCAAACACUGACGCUGCCAUCCAGACCUCAAUUCCGCUGCAGGGCGCAAAAGUGCUGGCCAGAAAAGCGCUCCUGA